CGCAUGCGGAGCGUGGGCCACGGGACGACGUGUGCGCGAUGCGGUCGUUCCUACUGACUUGGCGCUUGCCGGGUCCCGCUCGGGCUCCGGCGCUGCCCUGUAGUUCGUGCUGCGCUUCCCGCCGGAGGCCGGCGCAGCGGUGGCGGGGACGCGCCUCCGGCCCCGGCCUAGAAGGCGGCCCGGCGGCCCGGCCCAGAGCCCGGGAACGGCCCCCCUGGCGGGUGCUCUUCUUCGGCACCGACGACUUUGCCCGGGAGACGCUGCAGGCGCUGAGCGCAGCCAGGGAAAAUAAAGGGGACCAGCUAGUAGAAAAUUUAGAAGUGGUCACAGUGCCUACUCCUUCACCAAAAGGAUUGCCAGUGAAAAGUUUUGCCCUUCAGUCCCAGCUUCCAUUAUAUGAAUGGCCUGAUGUGGGAUCUGGGGAGUUCGAUGUUGGAGUGGUGGCUUCAUUUGGUCGUCUUUUGAGUGAAAAACUCAUUCUUAAAUUUCCAUAUGGAAUAUUGAAUGUCCAUCCCAGUUAUCUCCCAAGAUGGCGAGGUCCUGCCCCUGUAGUCCAUACAGUGCUUCAUGGAGACACAGUUACUGGGGUAACAAUUAUGCAAAUCAAACCUAAAAGGUUCGAUGUAGGUCCAAUUAUUAAACAAGAAGCAAUUCCUGUACCACCUCAGUGUACAGCAAAGGAAUUGGAAACAGUAUUAUCAAGACUGGGUGCCAACAUGCUUAUUUCAGUUUUGAGAAACUUACCUGAAAGCUUAAAAAAUGAAAGGCAGCAAUCAGCUGAAGGAGUAACAUAUGCUCCCAAGAUCUCUGUUGCUAUGAGUUGUAUAAAAUGGGAGGAACAGACUCCAGAAGAAAUAUUACGACUUCAACGUGCCAUUGGCAGCAUGAUUCCACUGCAGACACUCUGGAUGGGUAGCAUCAUUAAACUUCUGGAUUUGGUGGAAGCUAGUAGUCCAGUCCUUGCUGAUCAAAAAUUAACUGGACAGUCUGUUCUUCCAGGAACAAUAAUAUACCACAAACAGUCACAAACACUCUUGGUUUGUUGCAAGGAUGGCUGGAUUGGUGUACAGUCAGUUAUAUUCAAGAAAAAACUUACAGCUACUGAUUUCUACAAUGGUUAUUUGCAUCUUUGGUUCCAACAGAAUUCCCAAGCCCAGCUGAAGGAGUGCAGAUUUCAGACUCUUAACCUUACCAAAAAGAAACAUGGGAAACAAUCUAAAUUGUUGCUAUGCAACAGUGCAUUGAGUGUUUAGGGAAAAGUUGGACAAAAAUCUUCCAUCUUUUAAUUUAAGAAAUCUCAUUUAUUAGGAAUUACUACUUCAUUUGCUAAAAGCAGCACUAUUUUGGGAAGAGAUUAUUUGCUACUUCAAAUUUAAAACCGGUCAACAGCUUCCUUUUUACAAAAUAGCCUUGUCUGCUUUAAUGGCUAAGGUAAAUUAUUAAUAAACACAUUUUUGUUUUAUUUGGAAGUAAAUACAACUUUAUAUGAUUGCAAAAUGGAUAAAAUUAUCUGUCUAAGAGCAUAUCAUGGUCUGUAGAUAUGUUUAUGAACAUAAAUGUGCCAUACUUUAUCCAUAUGAUGUGUUGUUUAAAUGGUUUUUGUAUAUUGAAUUUUUUGAAAAUGGAAUUAUUACCCCUUUCAGAGGCAGUGUUUUAAUUCCAUUUCUCAGUAAAUUUAAUUAGCAGUGAACUUUAAGUUUCUCUCUUCUCCCUCAUUUUCCUUUCAGGUAAUUAACAUAUAAGUAAACAUUUAAAUACAUGAGGAAAGCUAAGAGAUUUUGUUUCUUUGUGAAUCCUCUUACAAAGCAGAAAAAUCCUUCUGUAAUAUGAAGAAUUCCUGAUAAUUACCUUGAUGAAUUAAGAUUUUGAGUAUCUAUUCCUUAUCUUUUUGCCUCCAAGAAUAGAGUGGAAGGAGCUUUGGUCAACUUUUGAAUUUCUGUUUGUUGACAUAAUUUCCCCUGCUGAACUCCCAUCAUAUAAGUCUGAUCUCCCAAUAUGGAGUUCUCCUGAUACAGAAUUCUCACUUUGUAUCUAUUUUCUUAUAUUCCCAAAUGAAGAGGGAAUGACAGAUUAGGUGCCUUUGAGGGUUAAAUUUCCACACUGGCAAUUUGCUGGGAAAUCUUUGCAAAAUGUUUCCAUUGUAAGAGAUGCUGAGGGAAGUCCCUUAUCCAAGGCCACACAGCUGGUAACAGAACUGGAAUUUUAACCCAGAUAUUCUGUCUCCAACUCAGUAUUCUUUCUACCAGCAAUUGAUUUUUCCCAUAAAAUAAAACAAAUUAUAAUUUAUAAAAUUAUAACAAAAUAUAAUGUUAUAAUAAAACAAAUUAUAAUCACUUUUUCAGAAGUGAGACAUAACUUUCAAAAAGUAGUAAGUAAAUUCUCUGCCCAUAAGUGACCUUAAAUCUAAAAAGGGAAAUUGAAUAAAUGCUAUUUAGGGCUAUAAAAGCAAAUAACUUUUAAAAAAUAUUAAAAGAUUGUAGCAUGUACUGAACCAAAUUGUGAAUGGGAGGAAAGGAAGAACAAAAAAAAAAGGUAAAUGAUUAAGUUAAAUAUCAAGUUACUAGACUCCAAAAAUCAGGUUUGAAUUCUAAAAACAGAUUGGCUGAGAAGGAAUAGGAAAGGA